AUGCUGGGUAUGCUGGAACUUGCCUGUUCCUACAGGUCAUGGCGGGAGAGUUAUGAUAAGGAGAACCAAUCAAUUCGGAAAGAUAUCCAAAAAAUUGCUGGUGGAACGAACUUGGAUGAUAAUGAAUCUAUUUCGUUGGAAUCCGUCAUGGCAGAGUUCAAACUAUCCAACAAUACUUUGCGGAGAAUGAUGUCGCAUAUGAGUGACAACAUGGAUCGGGGGUUAGCUAAAGGACUCAAAGGCUCCACUAUCGCCAUGUUGCCCUCUUUUGUGCCUGAGCUUCCCAACGGAGCAGAGAGAGGAAAAUUUGUGGCUAUGGAUCUCGGUGGAACUAACUUGAGAGUCAUGCUUAUGGAGAUCGAACCUGGGGAGCCAAUGCGUACAAAACAGUUCAACACAAGGAUGCCUAAUGCUGCUAUGCAUGGAACGGGACCUAAGUUGUUUGAUUACAUUGCUAAAGCCUUAGCUGAUUUCUUGAUCGAGAAAGAACUUGAAAAUGAAAACUUACCUGUAGGCUUCACCUUCUCUUAUCCGUGCAAUCAAACUGGCUUACGUAGUGCAACUCUCUUAAGGUGGACAAAAGGUGUAACUGCCACAGGUUGUGUAGGAAAAGAUGUUGUGAAACUUCUCGAAGAAGCUAUUGAACGUGAUGGGCGUGUGAGAGUUGAUAUUGUAGCUUUGAUUAAUGACACAGUAGGAACUAUGGUAGCCGCCGCCUAUGAAGCUAACGGGGACUGUGAUAUUGGUGUCAUCAUCGGAACUGGAACCAAUGCUUCUUAUAUGGAGAAAACUAAGAAUAUCGUUGAAGGUUUGAAAAAUGCUACUGAGGACUAUUAUCAUGAUACAAUGAUCAUCGACACAGAAUGGGGAGGUUUUGGUGAUCGUGGAGAAGCUGAUUACAUUUUCACCCAAUAUGACAAAAUCAUUGAUUCUAGAUCGGAUCAUCCUGGUGUUAAUUCUUUGGAUAAGCUUGUAGCCGGAAUGUGUAUGGGUGAACUUGUGCGUCUUGUUUUGGUUAAGCUCUGUGAUAGCAAGGUCCUGUUCAAUGGUCAUGGAUCCAAAGUGUUACGAACUAUUGGAAGUUUCCCAACAAAAUACAUUUCUGAAAUUUUACACGAUGAUUGCGGUUCGUAUUCCAAUACUAGACAAAUUAUGGAUGAAUUGGGCAUUGAUAGCUUCACUUUCUCCGACAUGCUUCUCUUCCGAGAAGUUUGUAUGGUAGUCUCCCGGCGAUCCGCAAACCUUGCUGCAGCUUCUAUCGCCUGCGUUUUGAAUCGAGUCAACAGGCCUAGAAUGACCGUAGCUAUAGAUGGAAGUACAUACAAGUAUCAUCCUUUCUUCGAUCAUUGGGUUACCGAAAAAAUUAAAGAGCUGGUUAACCCAGGCUUAGAAUUCAAAGUUAUCCAAACCGGAGAUGGUAGUGGACGAGGUGCUGCCUUAAUUGCAGCUAUUGUUUCGCGUGUGAAACAAGCUGAGGAGAAAAGGAAACGUGAUGAAGAGAACAGAAUCAGAAAAGAGAAGCAUCUGGAAGAAGAGAGGAUACGAAGAGAAAAAGAGGAGUUGGAGAAGGAAAAGAUCUUACAAGAAGAAAUGUCACGGAAACGAGCUGAACAGUACAAUUAUGCAGAUGAACGAGUUCGUGAAGAAGCGAAAAACCGAACGUGA